GCUAUCUACUGCCGUCCAAUGAAAGCGAGUUUGACUUCAAUCAGCAUCAUUGGAGUCGGAUGGGGCUGCUUUGUUUCACAAAAAAAGUUUGUUAAAGUCUUCAGACGUCUCAGUAUGCUUCGUGCUAGUCCUAGCAAUGGACACACAAGCAACAUGGAAGAGGAGGAAGGGGGACACCACCACCAACCUGUCGGAAUUUAUGGCUGGAGAAAACGAUGUCUUUACGUCUUCAUUUUAUUCCUCAUGGUGUUGACAAUUGUAAAUUUAGCGUUAGUGAUUUGGAUUCUUCGAGUUCUAAAUUUUUCAGUGCAUGGUAUGGGGAAAUUUAGAAUGACAGAGAAUGGAAUGAGACUAGAGGGAGAGGCUGAGUUUAUAGACAGACUAUACACCGGAAGGAUUCAGUCACUGCAGGACAAACCUCUGUAUAUUGACUCCAGUAAGGAUAUUCUGCUGAGGGCUCGAGAUGGAAAGAAGAACAUUACGAGCACCCUACUUGUUGGUGAUGGAAAAGUUGAAGCUCAGUGUGAUGAGUUUAAGAUAGUGGACAGUGAAGGCAAACUGAGGUUUAAAGUAUGGAACAAAGGGGUUGCCAUGGAAAUGGAUGAGGUUUAUUACACAGGGUCCAGUAAAGUGACAUUUAAUAGUUCGGUGGAAACUCCCAACAUCAGGGGACCAAGAGCUGAGCCUUUGAAGAUUGAAGCCCCCAGCACGUCCAUUAACAUGUAUGCCAAAGAUGAGAUCCGGAUAGAGGCCCCAGCAGGAGACAUGACAAUCCACAGUUUAAAGGAAAUCCAGAUGCGAUCAAAAGACAGCAUAAUUUUGGACUCCGCCAAGCUCUUUAUAAAGAAUCUGAAGGUCAGCUCUGGUCCAGCCCCUAGCCAACAGAAGCCUGUAGUUUAUCAGCUGUGUGUGUGCAGUACCGGUCUCCUCUUCAUGGCGGAUGCCGAUAAGGAGUGCCAAGGGACGCGGGAAAUCUGUUCGUGAGAGGCACCAGGAAUGGAAGGCUAUCCUCAAUCUAAUCAUUUGCUCAUACACUUUUACAAAAAAUCUAAAUGCAGCUGAUAUGUGGUCCAUGCUUUAUACCCCAAAAAAUCUAAAUGCAGCUGAUGUGUGGUCCAUGCUUUAUACCCACAGUGUGGGGGCAUCAGAAACCUGUCCCUCCCCUGUCCCUCUAUUAAUUAUACUCACAGUGUACAUGCGGGGGCAUCAGAAACCUGUCCCUCCCCUGUCCCUCUAUUAAUUAUACUCACAGUGUACAUGCGGGGGCAUCAGAAACCUGUCCCUCCCCUGUCCAUCUGUUCACUUGUUAAGUUUUCCAUCUCACUAGAUUUAAGCUUGUUGGAUAAAUAAACUGGGCAUUAUGAUUCCCGAAUACUGGUAUAUCAAUUUAUUUUUGUAUCAUUGCAUUAUCAUGAACAUGCAUUAAGUAUUAUGAUAUAUUUUUAUGUGCAAUAUAAUCAAUACAUGGUUUGUUACGAAGAAUAUGAUGCAUAUAGAGUGAAACUUUUUGACAGAUAUUAAAUAUACAGAUGUGUGAUUUUUUUUUUAAAAUAAGUUUUGCCAAUUUGAUACAUUUACUUGGAAGUAUGUUUGUACUAAACUGGAUGUGACUGUGCAGUCUCCUAUUAUACUGAUAAAUUGUAUUAUAUACUUAUACUUAAAAAUAUGAAACUUAUUUUUAUACGUCCGUUGUCAGAUGGGAGGUAUUACAUUAUGGCACUGACCAUCUGUCCGUCCGAUGUCAUGUUUUUUGGAAUUUUUUCUGUAACGGAUGCAUGUACAGCAUUGAAAUUUGCUCACAAUUUUUCCCUCAAGAAGUGCAAGGGUGAUUUUGCAUUUCAGUUGGCAUUUCAGCAGGAUUGGUCCAUCCAUUAGUACGUCUGAGGUCAUGUUUUCUGAACUUUUCUGUAACAGAUGCGUGUACAUGUACUAUGUUGAAAUUUGGUCACAAUUUCUCCCUCAAGAAGUGCAAGAGUGAGUUUGCAUUUCAUCUGGAUUGGUGCUAUGUGACCUACUUUAGGGCUAAAAGUAGGUCAAACAGUUUUCCAGAUUUUUUUUCAUUAAGGAUACAUGUAUUACCUUGAAAUGUAGUCGCAACCAUCCUCUCAGAAAAAUAUAAGUUGAUUUUACAUUUCAACUUAAUUGGUGCACCGUAACCUACUUUACGGCUAAAACUAGGUCAAAUACUUCCCUGGACUUUUACUCUUGCUAUGUUGAUGGUGCUAAAAAAAAAUUCGAUUGAUCUGCUUAUACUGAGAAGUCUGUUUGCAUUAACAAAUAUACAUGUAAAUAUAACGCUUAUAUUAAAUUGCAUUGCUUGACUCUAGUACUGUGUAUUCUAAAUCAAAGGAUGCUGCCAAUUUGUGACAGAUUCUGUUUUAUAUAUAUAAGAGAAGUAAUUAUAGCAGGCGAGCGCAAAGCGCUGGCUCGUACUGCAAUCUCUAUUGACAGAAGGUCGCAAAAACAUCCAGCCUGGAGCUUCUAGAAAAAUGUUUUUUCAUCAAUCCCAGAAGUCCUUUAUCAAAAAUGGUAGAUAUCUCACAAAGUCACAUCUCUUUAUUAAUAAUUGAUCUCAGAUGACAAACUUCCGUAAAUUAUUUAAUCCUAAUCUUGUGAUCCCAUACAUGGUGAGUUGCCUUAGGCCUAAUGUAACCGAGCAAGACAUUAGAUGCAUAACACCACGGUCCACAUUUUGAUGUCAUAAUACAACUGAGGCAGUGGUGGAUCUAAAUUCAUUAUUGUACAUGUCGAUGAAAACAUUUGACAUCAAAUGAUCAUAAUCAACUUGAUUAAUCCAAGUCUUGUGAAUGGAUUUCAAAGUACAUGUAUUACAAGAAUGAAAGGAGGGGGGUCAAACAUGUAAAAAUUUGUAUAUUAUUAUAUGUGAAUGCUGAAAUAUUUAAUCAUUGCAUGUUUCUAGAUCCGCUCAUGUGUACAUUUGGCUGCGCUUGCUCCAAUGGUAGCUCCGUCAACAUUAUAAAAUGCGAUACAUUGUACAUGUAUAUAUGUCAAUUUGGAAGUGAUUGUCGGGAGUAAUAUAUUUUUGUAGUUCUGUGUUGUUUGAAGAGUAUUUAUGUCCUUUUAGAUAGUCUAUUUAUAUUCAAUACUUUGUAGAAAUAAUUAUCAAUAAAUAUUUUGAAACGUU